UCUCUCUUGCUUAUGAAAUGCUGAUUAAUUUUAUGCGCGUGUUUUUAUUCACGAUCAUAUUGCGCUGUACCUAGUAAUAACAUCCAAGAAAAUUGCUCGUCAAAUCAAAGUUUAUCGACACGAGACCGAAAGAUUUAGCCGACAAUCACGCAUUGUCGCGCAACAAUGAAAUUGCGGCUUCUGUAUUACGACUAAUGUUUAGCUUGUAGGUAAAUUAUGAGCCGUAAAAGUUUUUGCUUCCCGUUGUGUUGAGACCAUUUAUCGUUCGCCUCAUACCAUAUGCCGGUGUAAUGUACUAGCUCGACAAUUUCGGUGAUUUUGUUUUAAUUCUGGAACCGGCUAAAAUGACCCUUGGAUCGUCUUCGACCACUAAUUCGUUAGAGCUGGAUGUGGAUCUUUUGAGACCGUUAAAGACAGCAGAAUGGCACGAUAUUCUACGCCAGUGCCUGGACAGUCUGCUGCCGGCCAGCCUUUUCGAUCACAUACGACUUCCAGCACUAUCCAUAAUCCAGCGGAAAAUCAUGACUUCCGCUCAAGACCAUACUCUCCGCGUAGUUGUUAAGGCCAAGACCGGCGCUAGCACAAUAGCAGCCGGCCUUCACCAGCAAAUACUGGCCCCGACAGCUGCCAGCGGCACCAUUGGUGCCGGCUUGGCUUCCGGUAUCUCCGGUGAGCAGUCAUUGUCCCCUGAAUGGUUUCCCCCGCGACUGCUUAAUGCGGACGAACCCGCCUACGGUGCCGCGCAGUUUCUGCUGCCGGGCAUGAUCGAUCCGACUGACGCGGUGGGAAAGCACUCCAGUACCGUGCCACAGGAGUCCAAUAUUUCUGCCCACGGAGUGCGAAUGCUGCACCAUCUCCGGUCAACCAUGGAAAGCGAAGGAAGAAUACGCUGCAAUGAAUCUGUUGAAGUAUAUUUGCCGCCAGAGUACAUCGGUCUUGGCUCAGGAGGCGAUGCAGAUAUGCUGACCACUGUCCAUUCUGCACAUACUGACCAAAAUUGGUUGGUUGCAUCAGUGUGCAUUUUGGCAUUUUUCUUAAUCACAUUCUCGGCUGUGCUGUUCAUGCAUUGCAAACACCGGAGGAUUAUUGUGCGGAAAGUGCAGUAUCCUGCGUGCAAUUCAGUGACGGUGAGCACGGUACACAGCUGCGCCAGUUCGGCACAGUUGAUUUCCACAUGCAGCAGCGCUGCUCCGUCUGCUGGCGUGGUAUGGACCAACACCCAUCCCAGCAGCCGAAACCCACCCGGCACGGUGUCCGGCUUCGACGGCCCGCCAUUAUACCGCUCCGCACCCGUGUGCAACUGCGCCUGCAGUCAUCCGCUUCCACCCGACCGGACCGCCAGUCGCGGUCGCCCCAGCAGCGCAAUCCAUUACAAAAAAUAUCCCUGCUCAAAUCCUACGGGUUGGGAACCCUUUGCCAACUCCUCGUAUACCCGGAGUAAUCGCUGCGGACGCAGUACGCAACUGUCGGAAUCGGCUUACCGCACAACCAGCCGCCAGCAAAGCCACUUGAGCGUGGUCAUCGAACCGGCGGUCCAACGUAAUCCCCUGUACCAGGUAGAACGCAACCGGCCACCGGUCGCACUGCACUGUAAACCGGCGGCAAAGGGCGUGACCAACCAUCCGGCAAACGCUCGAGCGGCCGCCAAUGCGACCAAGGAUAUGGUGAUAAAAAAUGUACGACCGCCCUGCGUCGCCGAUCAGACCUGUCAGACCGGUUCCAUUGCCGGAUCGGAUAUCGGCUCGGAUGCGGAUUUGGAUUUUAUGAUGGAUGAUCCGUCCGGCGGGGAUGCGGCGCAACCCAGCACGCCGGAUCCAACGCGCUGCACCAUUGGAAUGGAGAUGACGAUGGACGACAACUGGGACUGUGGUGGAGAUAAAGACGAUGAGCCGCCUUCGUACAAUGCGGCUGUGUCGGAGCAGAAGAACUGCGGCAGGUGCACGUGCAGUAAGCCGCGCACCGUUAAUACAAGCGCUGAUUCUUCGGCUAGCGGCAGUGUGAAUGCGGAAGUUUUCAAUGCCUGCAGUGGCAUACCCACUCCGCACUGCUCGAGUGGAACGCACAAAUCCCUCAAGCCAAAUUUUCAUAUGACUUCCGCCCAACCAAACCAGAAAAACAAUCCAAAUAACGACAAGCUGAUACCGCUACGGAUACAGAAAAAUAAAGGCGUGUCGGGUCACUUUGGCAGUAUUAGCCAGCGACUGCCCAGCUUGACGCAAGGGUAUAACCGGAAGCUGGAGAUAAUUGUGGAUCCGAAUGCGGUUGCAUCCAAUAAGAAAAAAGAGCCGGGUUGUACGGAUGACAAUGCAUCCAUCUUCAGCUGCAGCAGCGACAGUGAAACGUCAGAAUGCCAAUUGUCGGACUACGACUGCCAGAUGGAGGCGGAGCACGAUGAAAUCGUCGAAGUUAGUCCUGAAUCUGUCCUGCACACUUCCGGCUAUGACGUCGCUAGCAAAACGGCGCAAGUGAGCCUGAAUCCCGUUGGUAAUGGUACCGACAAGACCAAAUCCAGCCAAAAACAACCACUGGUUACUGGUAAUUCAUUUUCCAAAGGAGAAUUAUCAGUGGACGGCGACGUCGAUGCAUCGACUCAAAAGUCGGGUGGUGAAUCCACAUUGACGGCUUUUUUCCAUGCACUGACCAGUGAAUGGCGCAAUGGACGGCCGAUGACGGUGCGGGCAUUAAAACAGAAAAGUCAUGUCAAAAAACAGAUACGCGAUGGAACUACCACUAGCGACAUUACGCUGCAAACGUCUAACGAAAAUGGAUCGGAAUAAUAAUUAUAUAUCGUAAACCAUGGCUGAGGUAUCCAGCUUCAUUAACAUCUUCGAAGCUGGAACCUCGAUUAAUUAAUUACAUUUGCGGCGGUUCUUGCAAAUCGCUUGCAUGCUGGGGUGAUAUUAUUAUAAGCAAAUGCAAGCUAUUAAAAUUAUGAAAUUUUAGUUUUGUACAUGAUAGACAUUGUGUGUCCAACUAUUUUUGCACGUUUUUACUUUUAAGGUUCUAGGGAAGUCAUGGUAGCUUUUGGAUGACCAGGGAGAUGUUACAAAGCCACAACCGCGUUUUUGCUGUAUUUGUAUACCUGUUUGUGCU